AACUUUUUGAGUUUGAAACGGAAGAAACUCUUAAUCUUUGAGUAUUCGUGCUGUGAGUGUGUGUAUAUAUAUAUAUAUAUAUUAACGUUUCGAACAGUUAAAUUAAUUCAAACUCCAACCGUGAAUCUCUCAGAAGUCAUUUCGAUGGCCUUGCCACCAGAUCAGCAUCUGAACUUCAUUUUGAUACCGCUAAUGGCCCCUGGCCAUACAAUUCCGAUGAUAGACAUGGCCAAAUUGUUAGCAAAGCACGGUGUCAGCGUAACCAUCAUAGUUACACCUGCCAACGCCACGCGAUUCAGUUCAGUGAUCGACCGUGCCGUCAGGUCCGGACUAUCCAUCCGGCUCCUCCAAAUCAGGUUUCCAAGUUCGGAAGCCGGCCUGCCGCCUGGAUGUGAAAGCGCAGAUUCUCUACCAUCUUACUCCUUGAUCCAGAAUUUCUUUGUAGCUAUCAACUUGCUCCAGAAACCUCUGGAGGAGAUGUUAAAAGAGCUGGAUCCUAGUCCUAGCUGCAUUAUAUGCGACAAGCAUCUACCUUGGACUGCUGAUACAUGCAUGAAGUUUCAGAUUCCGAGGAUAAUUUUUGAUGGAAUGAGCUGUUUUACUCAAUUAGUAAUGCACAGCUUAUACACUUGCAAGAUUCAUGAGAGGGUUCCUCCGACGGAGCCUUUUGUUGUGCCUGGUUUACCGGAUAGGAUUGAGUUCACUCGACUCCAGCUUCCCGGAUUAUUUAAUCCGGGCCCCAUAAACUUUGGUGAUUUCCGAGAGCAAGUGAAGAAAACCGAGUCGAUGGCACACGGGGUGGUGGUGAAUAGCUUUGAGGAGCUGGAGAAAAGCUAUGUAAAUGAGUUUCGAAAGGUGAAAGGGGGUAAAGUUUGGAGUAUUGGGCCAUUAUCUCUUUGCAGCAACCACGAGUUAGACAAGGCAGAGAGAGGAAAUCAGGCGUCGAUUGACAUUGAACAGUGUUUGAAGUGGCUUGAUAAUAGGAAUCCAGGGUCUGUAGUAUAUGCCUGUCUUGGAAGCCUUGGUCGCUUAUCGCCUGGCCAAUUCAUUGAGCUUGCUGAAGGACUGGAAUCGUCAACUCAUCCGUUUAUUCUAGUGGUAAAAGGUGGAUCUCGAUCAGAAGAGAUAGAGAAGUGGAUUCAGGAUGAAGGGUUUGAGGAGAGAACAAAAGAAAGGGGUCUUUUAAUUCGAGGAUGGGCUCCUCAAGUACUGAUUUUAUCCCACCCUUCUGUAGGAGGAUUCCUGACGCACUGUGGCUGGAAUUCGACUCUUGAAGGUAUCUCUGCGGCCUUGCCCAUGAUCACAUGGCCUAUAUUUGCUGAGCAGUUUCUGAAUGAGAAGUUAGUGGUGCAAAUACUGGAGACAGGUGUGGGAGUUGGAGCUCAGACAGUCACGCAUUUGGGAGAAUACGAAAAGGCCGAAAACCAGGUGACGAGGGAUGGAAUUAAGAGUGCCAUUGAGAGGGUAAUGGAUAAAGGAAAAGAAGGAUCUGAAAGAAGGAAAAGGGCACAAGAGCUUGGAGUAAUGGCAAAGAGAUCGGUCCAAGUAGGAGGAUCUUCUUCUCUCAAUGUUACCCUGCUAAUUCAAGAAAUUGCUCAACUGGGUAAAACUAAGAAAGGAAUUGCAUGAAUAGGGGCAAAGUGCAUUUUCGGUCCGUAUUUUAGGUUCAGUAUAUUUUUAUCAUUUAAUUUUCAUUAAUAGUCUCAUAAGUUACAAAAAUUCUCACUGUAAGUUAUUUCGUUAAAUUUUGUUAAUAAUUUGAUGAAAAAGGCAUCAUGGUGAGCAGCUCCUUCAACCUUUUGAAUAAGGGUCAUAUAGCCUUUUGCAUCAAGAUUAGAACAAAAUGUGAUGAAAUGACUAAAAUGAAUAUUUUAUAACUUAUGGAAUUAUUAAUGAGAAUUUUUAUAAUUAACGGGACGGCAAGCAGUAACCCGAAAAUACGGAAUGAAAAAUGCUAUUUCCAUCUCAUCAUCUGUUGGGUUUAGUAUUUGAACAUCACCUGUUCUGGUUUUCCUUUUUCCCGUUGCAGUCUGUAUAUCACAUGUAUUGUGUGAAGUGUGUGGUAAAGUUUCCAAUCAAGAAAGUGGAGAACAAGUUCAGCAACUAAAUCAGGUUGUCUGCCUGCCA